GGGAGUGGGUGGGUGGUGUUGGUGGCUGAAAUUAUAGCUGCAUUUCUAACUGCGGAGUGAAAAAAAAAAAACUUUUAAUACAUAUUUAUGCGCCCCGGCAUUUCCACGAAGUUGUACUUGAGCGUAGUUGAGUUUUGGCCACACCUAGAUCCUGUCCUAUUUUAACAAAAAGAGAAGCCUUUUUCAGUACCAUUUGUUUGUGCGUCCCGGUGAGGACCCGGCUGUGUAACUCGAUAGGAGCCAGCGGAGGGGGGGGACUAUGAGGGAAUGCGGAGGAGCAAUGGAGCACAAUACGAUCCAGUGGUUGGGGGCUCCCUGCUGCCUUCGUGGCUCCUAUGCUUUCUACAAGUCCUUCCGCUGCUGCGGCGAGGCGGGGCGCCGGCCGGGCGUGUGGCGCCUGGGGGAGUUCUACUUCGUGCGCUGCGGCCCGCUGGAGCCCGUCUGCAUCGCCGAGGUCACCCUGCUCUGGGAGGACCAGUCGCAGCGCCACCUGCUGGCCAGCUCGCGCCUCUACUUCCUCCCCGAGGACACGCCGAAGGGCCGGACGGGAGAGCACGGAGAGGAUGAGGUUCUGGCCGUGUCGAGGAAGAUCGUGAUCCGGGUGGAGGACCUGGUGAAGUGGACCUGCCCAGAGCCCGUCGGCUGGGGGAGGACCGGAGAGAAGGACAGGGAGCCCAGUGGGGUGCAGACGGAGGGGACCCCCCGGCUGCUGGGGGCUGGGGACUCGUCUGAGGAGCGAUCUCAAGGCGGGGGGGCAGAGGAGUGCCUGCGGGUGAAGGUGCUGAGCUACCCCCAGUACUGCCGAUUCCGCUCGCUGCAGAAGCGCAUGCAGGACCGGGCCCGCGGCCCCGGCCUGCGGGACCCCCACCUGCUGGCCCUGGGGGGGGUCCAGGUGUCCAGCCGCAACACCAGGAUCCUGUACUGCCGGGACACCUUCAACCACCCCACCCUGGACAGCAACGCCAGCGUCUGGACGGAGUUCGGAUGCAACUCUCUCAGCCUGAAGGGUCGCACUCGGAAGAGGAAAGGGAGGGAUGGGAAGGGGGUGGAGUCUCGGCAUCACAGCCAAUCAGAAGCUUGGAUCGAGCGAAUGAAGGAGAACGUGAUGGGCAGCGUGGAGGCGCAGUGCGAGAGCACCUGGCUGCCCCAGGCGGAGGAGCAGCACUUCCUCGACCAGCUCUAUCUCUUCAUGGAAAGCAGGGGCUCCCCCAUCUGCAAGGUGCCCAACCUGGGCUUCAAAAAGAUCGACCUCUUCCUUUUGUUCACGGUUGUCAAGAAGAUGGGAGGAUACGAGACGGUGACGGCGCAGCGCCUCUGGAAACAGGUGUACAACGAGCUGGGGGGCAGCCCGGGCAGCACCAGCGCGGCCACCUGCACGCGGAGGCACUACGAGAGGCUCAUCCUUCCCUACGCCCGGCACCUUAAAGGAGAGGAUGAUGAAUCGGACCCCUUGCCCACACCCCAGACGCCCAGUGGCAGCAGAGAGGCCCAGACAAAAAGGAAAGCACAGGAGCAGAUCCAGAAAGAGACGAAAACCUGCAGUGUGCCGAGCCAGCAGGAGAGCCGCGUGAGACUCAAGGGUGCAGAGGGGCCGAAGCAAGCGCGCGCGCGGAGCCGGGCGUCCCCGGCGGGGGGAGCCAGCAGGCCCGGCGGCGGCGGCAGCAGGCAGCACCAGAUCAGGACAAAGGAUCCGGGCGCGGUGCUCCCCGCCCAGCAGGUGAAGCCGGGAUCAGCCCUGGGUGGGCUUCCCGUGGGCCCUAAAGAUGGAGCUGCCCGCCCGCUCUCUCCUCUGCAGGAGCUGCGCCUCGGUAGAGUCUCUGGGGCGUUUCCCCUGACCCAGGGGCUGUCCCCCCUUGACAUUCUCAAGAGCCGUCUGGGCUACGGUGCUUCGGAGAGCCUGGCCUCAUCUUCUCAGGACCCCCGGAGGAAGCAGCUCUCUUCCACACCCCUGCCUCUCGUUCUGCUCCAGCCCGGCGCGGAAGAAACGGGGAGGAGGUCUGGUUCCAAGGGGGACGGCGACCCACUCUCCCCGGAGAAGAUCGACCACACUCAGCCUCUCUCCCCCUCUUCUUUGGCUGGACUGCAGAGGCUCUACGCCAUGGGGAGCAUCAGCUUGCCGAAGGACAUGUCUCCCUUAGACUAUCUCAAAACCCGACUGGGUUUGGGGACUCCAGAAAACCCCAGUAUGACUUCGGGGGACUCGGGGAAAAAUUCUGCCCCUCACCCAUCCUUCCUGUUCCUCCAGCACAAGGCUGGUUCAGCGGAGAAUAAGACUGCGUCCGGCAAGGAAGGACGGCCCCAGUCCCUGGGGAGUGGAGCCGAAGGCGGAAUUCAGAAACCGAGCCUCAGUCUUUCUGACGCGCCAGUUCGGGAUGGCAGAACCAGGCACCCGAUACCCCCCCUGAAGAUCAUUCCAUUGGACAUUGACUGCAGCCUGCAGGUACGGCAGCUCAUGCGGACCCCACUGGGCUCUUCCCAGUUCCACUGCUUCACCAAGAAGCUCUCGGAGGUGCUGGCCCAGGACUUGAGCAAGACCCGUCAGCACGGGAGCCCCGCUUCAGGCUCGCCGGAGCAAAUCGUCCCCCUUAACCUGAGCAAGCGCUGCACCAUCAAGAGGCCGGCCGAUGACCUGGAGGCCCAGGGUCUGCCGCCCUGCCUCUCUGGGAGCCCCUCGCCGCAGCCGGCCAAGAGACCGCGACCGGAGUGGGAGGCGGAGAACGAGCCGGGUCGCCCCUUGAAGCAGAGCAGCCGGUUCCCGGUCGCCCCGGCGGCCCAGGAGGAGCCGGCCGACCUGAGCUCGCCCGAACGGGCCCGGGCCAAGCUGCAGGAAGCCCGCGCCCAGCAGGACGGCCGCUCCCCGCAGGGAGUGCACUGCAGCGGAAGACCCGCCUCUUUUGACCUCGACUGCUCGGCUCGACCGGCGAAGCCGGGCGCUCAGGCCUCUCCCUGCGCGGGCGCACAGGGAGGACGAGGAGCGCCGGAAAGCCCCGCCGGACUCUGCAGGCUGGCAGCCCCCGUGCGGGCGGAGGCGUCGGAGGUCUCCCCGCCGGGCUCGACGCUGGCGAAGGCCCGGCAGGAGCGUGCCAGCCGCCGCGCGAGGACGGCCGCCGGCAAGGAAGAGCCGGCUGCGGCCGAGGAGAGGAGGGCGGGCCCCGCGGUCUGCCCCCUGUACCGCUUCAGGGGCAGGCAGGGGCCGCUGGGCGAGACGGAGGCGAGCUGCGCCAAGCAGGUGGAGCCCGAGUGUUUCCCCUCGGAGGUGGCCUCGCUGCUCAACGCCCCCCAGCGCGCGCUGCAGAGCCAGUCCGCCUGGCCCGUCUCCCCUCAUGGCCGCUGAGUCCCUCCCCCCGCCCCCCUCUGUGCCACACGAGGACCGCCAGGGGUCCCCCACGUGGGAGUCAGCAGAGGUUCUGAAAAAAGGCAUCGCUGGGCUUCUCAAGGGAUUUGCAGGAGCCGUGGUCCAGAAUUCCUCCUGGCAAGUUUCUGGAAGUACAAGUUAUAUCAGGUACUCGGAACGGAGGGGACUCUCUGGACACGGCUGUACCCUGAAACCUGCACUGCGGGCAGUGACUUGCGCACCAUGUGUAAGUGGGACUGGAGCAGUGAAGGCACCCGAGAGCACACCAAUCCGUUGUUCUCGCGCUCCUGAGAGCACACUGCAGUCCUGGGGUGGGCACCAUUGAAGUAAGCGCUCUCUAGAGUCCGUUUCUCUUAUUUAUGCAAACUCUUGUUAUCACGAGUACUGCUCGUCGUUGCUUCGGAAUAGACCCAGUGGACUUCUUCGGGACGAGCAGGAAAAAUAGAAGCCGGAGGGGUCAACCAAAGGAGAAACUGGGGCCACUUCCCUGCAAAAAGAAUCAAGAAUCCAAACAAUAUUAUUCCGUUCCAGUUCCUGAUGCAGUAGUUUGAAUAAUCCCACUGAUUUGAACAUCCCUGCUUGUGUUUUCAAAAUGUGAGAGUGCUUUGAGCGCCUUCUGUGCAGCAGAUAAGUCUCCAAGGCUUGUCUUUGUGAUGUAUUUUAGCAAGUGAUGUCUCACUAUGGGUAGGAUAUAUUUUAUCCCAGUGAAGUCUGUCCUGAGAUGUAAGGACCCUCAAUAUGAUGGCCAUGAAACAUAACCGGCAGCCAGAAGAUUUUCUCUCCUGCUGUUCCAUUGCAAGUGGACUUUUUGCUCCAUGUAUCCCUGUUUCGAGACCAUACGUGCAAGGUCAUUUGGAAAGUUGAAGAUCAAACCAAAUUGUCUUCAUUGCUAAUCACAGUUAAAAGGACCGGGAAAGGUUGCCAUUUGUUUUAGAAAUCUUUUAGAUCCUUUUUUAGAGCACUGGUGUAUACCUCCUUUUUUAGCACCGGACGCAACCUGGCUUCAGACUUGUCUUGUCUUCCCUUCAGUCUGAGCAGACACGCGCAGAGGACCUGUCAGUUCGUAGCUGAUGGUGGCAAAGGCUUUGCACAGGACGACGUUCUGUCUUUCGCUAAUUCACAGCGUCUACAGCUUGCCCUUUUACUGGAAGCCAGCAGAUCCGAGAUGUUGCUGCUGAAGUGGCCAGCUGAGGCUCAGGUCAAGGCGACAUGGUGCUGAUAAAUCCCGUGUCGUAAGCCCUCGUUUUAAAUCCGCCCUUGGGCCCAGCGUCCGGUCCCAUCUUGCAGCACCCCCGCUUCUUUCCACACGUCGGCGUGUUGCUCCUCUUGCCAGCGGGCAGGGAGGAGGAGCAAAGAGGACGGUUGGACAGUCCUUCCCGAUCCUUCCAGACUGUGUGGCACCGUGCCGCAUCCCUAUCGGCACCUUCCUUUGAAAAAGGACGCGUCCGAGUUGGGCGAACUGGAGACUUUCGCGCUUUCGCCCAGCGGCCCUCACAGCAGACGGCCACGAAGUCGCCCGCCAGCGAGCCAGCGAGCCAGCGAGCCAGUGGCUGCAGGUUUUCAUUCGAAAACGCAAGACCCCCGAAGUCAUGCGCUGGGCCUCUGUUAACACGUCGCAAGUCCUCGUUUUUUCGAGUGAACCUUCCUUCCGGAAAGGAAAACGUUUUCUCGGGAGACUGGGACUUCAUCCCAGAAGUGCUGGAGGGAAGGAUGGGGACUCCACUUGACGCUUAAACGCGGAGCAGAAAAGAGAGAUCUUUGGGUUGCUGGGGGGGCGUCAGGUGCAGGAGAAGGGCUGAUCCCCGGUUCACGUGUCUCUGGAGUAGCUGCCGGUGUCCAGGGGCUGGGGCCGGGGUUCGGAUGUACAUCGCUGUUCCUGCGCCCCCCGAGUGUGGGAGAAGGGGGGUUUCCGCAGUCGGGACAGGAAGACCUCCCUCGGGACACAGCCCUUCAUGUCAGCCGUGUUACAGAAAGGAUUGUGUGGAUAUGUGGUGGCAUGUAAAAUUCUGGGAGCCUGUUACAAGCUCCUUAUCUUCAGUUUUUUUUCCAAGGGGUCCUAGACGCCUUUUUCUUCCAGAGUGGACACGUACAGGGAGCAGAGCGAGACUGUAAACGACCGAUGAGCUCUUCCUUGUGCUGAACAACGGAUACUGUAUUACACACCAUGCUGCCUUCAUACUUGACUCUAAGCAAACACUAAUUUUAUGUAUUUAAUGCAUUAAAUAUUCUAAGAUUGUCAAAUCAACUAAUUUUUUGUAUAAUCAUCUCCUUGACGAGGUAUUUUGACAUCUGUCAGAUUUUAUUGAUGGCUAUUAGGUUGAUUAUGGUUUUAAUCAUAGUUUUGGUAUUGAGGUAACGUUUAUUUUGUUCUUUAAAGAGAAAUGCCAGCACACUGUCUUUGUGGUUUAUCUUUCAGAUUUGUGUUGUAAGUGUGUGAUCAUGCAGUAUUGAUGAAAUGCAGAUAGAGGGCUGGAAAUACUGCAACUGAUCUUAUCCUUUAUUGAGUCUAGGAGUGAUUGUUAAUCCGUUGGCUCGACAUUAUUUUUAAUUUUGAAAAAGUAAAUGUAUCCAGUGUACGGGCCAGUGAUUUUUGCCUGUAAGUGUAGGAGUCAUUGAUUCUUCAUAAAGUAAUUCAAUGAUUGUCAUUGAAGAUUGAGUUGUUGUUUUUUUUUUCAUACUUCUUCUUUGGGAGCAGAAAUAUCUUCCUGAAGAUAUGUUUUUAUACGAUGUUGGUUGUUUGAUCCUAGGGAGCAAACCAUGGAUUUUUGGUAGGUACUGGUCCAGUUUUUUUUUUAAACUGGAAUCUCCAAAAUGUUUAUUUUUCUGCCAUUUUGUACUUGUUGCUUAUCCUAUUGCUACAACCCCUGUGUACUGGGCCAGUGGUGUACAGCUGUGUAGGGAAGCCCAUGGCUCAAGGCAGCCUGUGGACACCAUGCCUGUGAUCUGAACAGGCCUCCAGUCUCCCGAUCAGCUCAGCCUCUCAGGAGCCUUCAUGUACUGUAUGUCGCUUGUCUUUUUUACAGUUUCCUAUGUUUUUCAUCGCCUCAGGGGAAAACCUGCAAGACUAAACUGUAGAAGUGAUGCAAACAUUAAUUUUUCAGAAACUCGGAAACAUUGAAUUGCCUCCUAUCUUGAUGUUUGUCAGUGGUAAAAAGGGUCAGUUAUUUGUGUUUUGUUACUUAUUAAAUAAAGAGGCGGGUGAAUGUCGGGGCUAGGUUUCUGCACAAGUGUGUAAGUGGAAAUACUGUACACCUGACAUUUCUCUCAAACUUAUCUUUACCUCCUAUUGGAUCAUCAGUGAUCCAAGACUUCAGGCCACUUCCAAGUAAAUAAGUCAGUCCAUAGACUAGUUCCGCUUUAUCUGUGGAUGAGAGGAUGGUACCCUUAUAGCUCAUUUCAGUGUAUACGGCGAAGUCUGGCCAUGUUCAGAGAUAAUCCACUACUGCGGUAUGGUGGCGUUUCACACUGGCGUAGCACUGCAGUUACUCCAGGCUGUAAAUUAGAAAUCUUAAUUAUUAAACUGUAAUUUCCAUUUUGAUGUUUAUUGUUGUGAUUUGCAAUUGUUGUUGUUGUACUUUUUGGAAGUGUAAUCUUUAAGAUGAGAUGUCGGACAUUUAGCCUGAUCUUUGUCGCCAUGUUCUUGUUUUCAGAUGUCUUCAGUCAACUGUUCUGUCGUUGUUCAGUUUCAAUCCAUAUCUUUCCCUGUGACUACAAGUUUGUAAUGUUUUAAGCUUAUUUAAUUAGAUUUUAUAUGAGCUUGUCCGUGUCAGAGCAAGUGUAACCACGCUUCUUGUCUACACUAUAUGCACACGAGAAUGCUGCAAUAUGCUAAGAAAAGCUUAUGCAAUGGUUUACAUUCUUUUUACAGCAUGAUCCCAGUGACUUUUUAUAAGAUGCUGAAAUUGAGCUGUGCUCCUUAACUCGAGCCUUCUGCAUUCUGUGGAAGGGGCGAGUUAAUGGGAUGGUAUGUGUUUCAGGAAGAUUGAUUCCACCACAACUGGGACAAAGAUCAGUAAACAAAUGGUAUGAAUUACAGAAGCACGUCAAAUGUGAAGUGCUGCAAAUCAGUGUCUUACUUUCAGUCAUUCCACACUCCAAAGCCAUGGUCUUAUUAUUCAUUUUUCACUGUGUAACAUGGCUUUUACACAGGCAUUUUACUUUUGUUGUUCACUGCAGCUUUUAAAAGAUGUUUUUUUCCAUUGCCUGAGUGAUGCCUGCUAUGAUCACUCACUUUGGGAUUCUGCUGGUCUUGUUAAACCUGUGUAUAAGACAUGAACUGUUCUGCUCAUGGUCACUUUGUUCAGCAGACGCUGGUAUUCUCUUGACAGACCUUAAAUGACAGAUUUCUGUUGUGUUAUAGAUGCCAUUGUAAAUACAGUGGCUGACUCAGUGAUACUGGUUUUAUCUUUAUUUUAAAAAUGACACUUCAAACCUGUUCAGAUGGUCAUCGACUUGUAUUAACACUGUAUAUUUAUAUUAAAGGUUUGUGUUGCACCUUG